GCUGUUUUUCGAUGUUUUUUUCUUUAUUUGGUUCUGAUAAUAUAAUAUUAUAAAUCAUAUAAGAAUACAAAAGUAUCUAACUAAAAUCAUUUUGUACUUCUUUAUGCUGAUGUGUUUGUUUUGUUGACUGAAACAUGGCUAUGUUUAGAUCGUCUCCUAGAGACGUUGAAUAUCGUCCACCUAAUAAAAAAAGUUAUGGUACGAACGCUGAGACUUAUUUCUGUAAUAUAUGUUUUGAUGGCUGGGACAGUGAAACUGAGGUGGAAAUACAUCGAUCUUUAGCUCACAAAAGGGAAAUUAUGAAUUUAAUGAAAAAUUCAAGAGCGACAUAUUGUUGUAGGUUAUGUGUGAAGCCACAUUUGACAUAUGAAGGAUUAAUAAAACAUAUAAAAGUUAAUCAUCUGCUUAGUGAUGAGAAUGCAACAAGAAUAGAACGUGAGAUAUUCAUCUGUGACACGUGUUCUGUAUUAUUCUUUAAUAAAUUGCUUAUGCAAAUACAUAUUAUAACAUUUCAUAUGGGCGUUGAUAAAGAUGCAACAUUUGCUGCUUGCCCAAAAUGUUAUAAAAUGCAGAGAAUUAAAACUAUGUGGUAUCACUUCCAAGGUCAUCGUAUACAAAGCGUAUCUUGUUGCAAAAUAUGUUUGGAGAAAUUUAAAAAUCGCGACGAACUCAAGGAACAUAUGAAACAACAUAAAAAAUAUUUAUACUGUGAAAUAUGUCAAUACGAAAGUAAAAAUGAAACAUAUUUCCAAGAGCAUUUAAGUACAAGACAUAAAAUUACAAAAUCAAUAAAUUUAAAGGUAGAUAAACGUAAUUGGAAAGAUUAUUUUGUGCCGAGAACAUUUGGGGAAUAUAAAACUAGUAUAAUUAUGGAUAUACCAAUGAAAGGAGUAUCGUUGGCUUAUUUAGAAGAGCAUAAUGUGAGAGUUUGUAUAUUAUGUAGAGAGAUAUGUAUCGGGGAACAAGGUAUGGCGGAUCAUAUGCAAAAUCAUUAUAUAGAAAAAGUUAAUAAACAAUAUGAACACAUCUGUUCUUGUGGACAGAAAUUUUCUACUAUAAUUCUUUUGAAACAUCAUAUAUUAAAGAAUAAAGAAGGUCAUUGUAAAAUGGAUUCGAAAGAUGAUGAAAAUAUGGUUAUAAUAACAUUUGAGGAGAAUUCAUCAUGAACCAAACUGUACCGGUUAUAUCGACUUCAAAGAGAGCGACAGUAUUCAGUCGUAAUAACCGAUAAUUAUAUAUAUAUAUGGUGUUCAAUCGAUAUUUU